AAGAACACUCAAAUUGUAGUUCCUUUUAUGUCAGCCGAGCAUGUAACAAGACGAUUUUAAUCGAUUGUAAAAACAGCUGGUUUUUUAACAGACUGGUUUGUUUUUACUUUAUUUUUUUCAUUUAUUGAUGUUGAUAAAAUGAAUGUUGACUUAUCUGUCAACGAAUUUAUACUAUAUUAAUGUGAAGAUUUGUGUUUAUAAGUGAGAUAAAAUGAUUGGAUUUUUAUCGCUAGGCUUUGUCAGCUUGUUUACAACUAGCUUCAACAUUUACAAAUAUGAAACUAACUAUAAACGGUUUCUUCUGUCCAAUAACUGCAGUUGUGUCUCUUAAUUUGCCACUAUAUGCUGUAUUUUUCCUUUAAAAAUGGAAACGUCGAACGAAAAAGGCGUUAACGACAACAACAUCGAUCUGUCAGUCGAGGCGCUGUUAGCACAAAUAGUGGAACUUAAAUCAGAGAAGCAGACGGCAUUAGAAGAAUUCGGUGCACAAAGAGCAAAACUGAAAGAUCUUUUCAUGCAGAAAGAAGAUGAGGUCAAUCUUUUAAGGAAAGAAUUAGAUUUAACUAGGAUGCAAGUCACUGAGGCUGGUUUGGAGCUUGAGGCGAAAGAAUUAGAGGGAAUCAACUGUCAAGCUGAAUUAACAUCACUUCAACAACUUCUUAAAUCUACUCUAGAAGAAUCAAGCAGGUAUGAGGAGGAAAUACAGCAGUUGAAGAAUCAUAUCGAAGAGCUGGAAUCAGAUUUAUCUAAUCUAAAAGCAAAUCAAAGUAGCUCUAGCAUGGUUAGUGAUAUCAGCUUGGGCAAUCCUGGAACAAUGUUUACAACAUUUGCUAGAAAAGUCAAAAGUCAGCUUGGAGCCACCGAUUUAGGGCACACGCAAGUAGACAGCUUGGAGGAAAAUAUGAGGAAGGCUAAAGAGGAUGCCGAGGUGCUCAAAUCUGUAGUCGUUCCGUUGGAAGAGGAAAUCACAGCUCUUAAAAACAAACUGAGAGAGACAGAUGAUCAGUUACAGAAGUACCUAGCAAAAGAGGAACAGAUGGCAAAAGAGAAAGUAAACAAACUAAUUGACAUUGGGUCACCUUCUGAAGCUCCUAAAACGUGUAUGAUGUGUUCCAAUUAUGAAACUCAACUGGUCCAAGCCCAAAUAAAAACUAGUGAAUUAGAAAGGCAGAUGGCCGUGAUGUCUAAGACAAGGGAAGAGUUAGAGAAAGAAAUGGUGUUUAGAAAACAGUUGGAAGAAAAGUGGGCAGAAUGCAAGGAGGAACACAAAACACAGGUAACAGAAUUGCAAAAUGAAGUUAAAACAAUAGAAGGAACACUUGUCGAGCUGAAAAAAACUUUUAACAACACCAGCGAUAAACUAAAAAGGCAAUUUGAAAUCCUAAUAGAAGAACGCAAAAGUACAGAAGAAAAACUUGAAAGAUUACAAAUAGAAAAUGAAAAUCUUGUAGGUAAACGAAAUGCUUCAGCUACCGAGUUGCAAAUUGAAAAAAUUAAUCUUCCAGAUAAUGUUGAGAAACUACAAGAAAUGUGGUUGGAACAAAGAGAACAAUUAAUACAAGCAAGGGUUGGUCAAGAGAGAUGCGAGGAGAAUCUUCAGACAUGGGAAUGCCUUUACAAAGCCUCAGAGGAUAAGCAAAAACAUCAGGAAAUAACUAUUUUAGAAUUGCAAAAAGACUUGGAGCGAAAGCAAAGGGAAAUACAAAAAGAAAACCAUUUGUUGGAAAAAGCUAUCCGCGACAAAAAUUUACUCGAGGGUUUUAAUGAAUCUCUCAACAUGCAAGUUGCUAAACUUGAAGAAGAUAAGAAAAAGUUAGAACAGAGCGAGAGCGAAUUGAGAAAUAGACUAGCCUCGUUACAAACAGGCCUCGAGAAUGGGGAAGCUGUCCAGAAGGACUUUGUCAUGCUGUCUCAGAGUUUACAAAAAGAACUGGAGCGUCUUAGGGGGCAAAAUAAUGUACUGAGGUGGGAACAUGAAGAGGAUGUAUUAUCAUGUAGGGGUUGUGAGCAACCUUUUAAACUAGUGUCUAAGAAAAAAAUAAACUGUCGACACUGUGGUAGAAUUUUCUGUAUCAACUGUCUCAACCACAAAGUCACAAGCGGCCCGAAUCAAAGGGAAUCGAGGGUUUGCCAAGUCUGCCACACACUUCUCAACAGUGAAACAGCACCAUACUUCAGUACGGAACCGCCCCAGCAGACGAAAUGAACUCGGUAACAAAAUGAAAAUGCUAACAAACACAUUAUUCGAGAUGCUAAUCGUUAAAUUAUGAUUGCACUUAAUUUUUAUGUGACGAUUAUCAUAAACAUUGACAGUAAUAAUUAUUUUAUUAUUUUAUGUCAUGCCAAUUACAGCAGUGUGCUUGCAAGAACGUGAUACGAUGUGGCUGUAAUUUUUUUUUUUCUGUUUCUGAAGUCAUCUCUUUUACUUUGCACAUAGUAGUUUUACAUUUGAAUGCAAACUAGUCUUUAUUUACUGUAUCAGCUAAAUAUUUUUACAUUUAAAUAUCAAUUCUAAAUUUAUUUUUAAUUCAAAUUUUUCAAAAGCUAUACAUAUUUUUUUAUGUUUGUACUCAGUUUGGGUAUUUAUGGCCAAUGGACAAGAAUAACUAUGACUUUCAUCAAUGUAAAAAAUAUUAUUAUGUGCAAUAAGUGUACAUAAAAUGAGCGUAACAUUAUUGAUAAUAGUAUGAUUUUGUUCCUAAAUUGGUGUAGUGUUGA